UUUCCUCUCAGAAGUAGGGGUCGCAGUUGGACUAAACGUUGAUGUAACCUUCUCAGUUUAACCUGCAGUUGUGCCUUUAGAAAGCUGAUCCAGUUUAUCCUUCAAAGUACAUGAAGUUUGUCAAAGAAGCUCGCAACAAUCAUCUAGUUUUAACAUUUGGGUUAAUUAAAGCUAAGUGUGAAUAAUAGAAGCAAGCACGAGAAACCAUAAACUCAUUUGAUUCAUUGGUUCGGCCAGCCACAAUCUUUAUAUCAGGUAGUUUAGCAUACGUUUGCUCGCUAGACAGCACUUCCCCCAUCAACAACAAACUAGUAAACCCUGCCUAGCCAAAGCUAGCUUAAUGAAAUGAAACGGACCCCAGCGAUUAUUAUCCGGAGGAUUGUUGCGAUCAUGUACGAGGACGUUAGCAGCGAAUUAUAGAUCUCUGCAAUAGAGAUCUUCUACAGGAGUAGAAUGGACGAGCAGAAAUCAAACUGCGAAGAAAAUGAUUCAGAAACUGCAGCUGAUGAUGGGACCCCUCCAAAGGAGAGCGUCCAGGUAGAGGGGGAACUGAGUGCACCUGUUGCUGCAGAGGACAUCUCGGGCACUUUGGACACGUCCAGCUUAUCAGCGGAGACUGUAAGGGCCUGUGCUCUAUGUAACUGUGUGGAGCGUAGUCUGCAUGGGCAACGAGAGCUUCAUUGUUUUGGACCCUCUUCCGAUCGGCCCCGAUUGGAGCCCCCUGUCUCCUCUCUGCCAGCAGCUGGAAAUGAUGACUUGUCUUCCAUUGGAUUCCCGGAAUCCACCUGUCUGGCAUCUCUCUUUGUUGACACAGGGCGCUGCUGGGUUCACCACUGGUGUGCCGUGUGGUCGGAAGGAGUGGAACAGACUGAGGGUGAGGUGCUGAUAAAUGUGGAUAAGGCAGUCAUCUCAGGGAUACAGCGGCCAUGUGAUUAUUGUAAACGGAUGGGCGCUACCAUCCAGUGCCGGGCCGAAGGCUGCUCAAGGUUCUACCACUUCCCCUGCUCAGCUGCAAGUGGAUCCUUCCAGUCCAUGAAGCAGCUAGCUCUCCUCUGUCCAGAGCACAUAGACAAGGCUGAAGAAAUCGCCGGUGAGGAGGCACGGUGUGCAGUGUGUGACUCUGCUGGAGAUCUGUCAGGUCUGCUGUACUGUACAGGUUGCGGUCAGCAUUAUCAUGAUGCCUGUCUGGAGAUCAGUGCCACACCACUUCAGCGUUCUGGCUGGCAGUGUCCUGAAUGUAAGGUGUGCCAGACGUGCAGGCAACCAGGGGAGGAUACAAAGAUGCUGGUUUGUGAUGCUUGUGACAAGGGCUACCACACUUUCUGUCUACUGCCAGCUAUGGACUCUGUGCCUCCUGAUUCAUGGAAGUGCAAACGGUGCCGUGUAUGUAUCGACUGUGGCGUGCGAGGACUGAAGCUUCCUGGCUCCGAACAGUGGUUUGAAAGCUACACGCUAUGCGAAGGCUGUCAGCGCAGGCGCACAUCUGUCUGCGGCGUUUGCAGUAAAGCCACGGAGCCCUGCGUACCCCUGCAACAUCGCUGUGCCAUCUGCCACAGAUGGGUACACAGCGAUUGUGCUUCUCUGUCAGGGCCUCCCGAGGAGAAAUGCAUAUGUGUGUUGUGCAAAGAUGCUACAGAUGAGGUCCCAGUGGAGUCUGUGUCAUCCACACAAGUGGAUGAGAAAGCUGAGGAGGUGGUGCCAAUGGAGUUGGGCAUGGAGUCGGAGGUUGUUGGAACAACAAAAGUUCCAGAAAGCAUUACGAAAGAAGCAUUACAGUCAGAGGGUACAGAGAUCUCAGAGUCUGUACACAGUCAGGUCUCUACAGAACAGCCGGACCCUAUAGCUACUGUUGCAGAUGUUGAUGAAAAACAAAAAGAGGAGACCAGCAAUGAAACUGUGGUUCCAGAGGGCGUUGAGGAAAUAUCAAUGGGCACUCAGGAGUCUCCUGUGAAGGAUAGUCCAGACAGCCCUGACACUAUAAAGGAAUGCCAUCUUGAUGUGUCUGAGACUCGUACAGAAAGCCAGGAUAUUUCACAAGGUGAAGACAAACAUCCUAAAACUGAGACUGAGGUGAACAGCACAGAGGUCCCAGACACAAAGCCUCCGACAAGCUCCUCUUCUCAAUUCACACUCCCAGUUUCUGAGGAGGCAGAGCCUGUUGCUAUGGACAUGGAGGAGGUGGGAUCCGAGACACGAAAAGAAGAGUUGAUAGACAGGCCGCUUCGCCCUGCUCCUCAAACUGAAAUGCCCACUGAUACAGACGAUAGAAUGGGCGAGUCUGAGGAUGAUGAGGACGAGGAAGAGCAGGGGAUUGAGGAAUCCUUAGAAGAAUCUCUCAAUAAAGAUGAGAGUCAGGAGGAAGAUGUUCAGUGCGGAAAUGAGAUGGAUAUGAAACCAGAGCUGGUCCUUGAUGAGACAUCAAACAACAGCCACGGUGAUGAGAGCAGCAGCGGUUUCCUUGGCUCGCCAGCUGAGGCGGAUUCUCAGAUGAUGUCCAUGGAGCUCAUGAUGCCGGCUGGUAGAACCCGUUCUGACUCGCUGCUCACUGAGACUGAGGACUCGUUGCCUUUUGACCCACUAAAGCCCGAUGGGGAAAAAGUGAAGCGUAGGGGUUCUCCAGGACGCUCGCGAGUAAAACAGGGCAGAGGCAGUGGUUUCCCAGGGAAACGGCGGCCACGUGGUGGCGGCACUGGUGCUGGAAGAGGCCGUGGGCGGUCACGUCUAAAAGCAAUGGCCUCUUGCAUAGAUGCAUUUUUAUUAAGCAUGACCACAGACACUGGACAUAGCAAAGAGGAAGAUGAUGAGGAAGAUGACACCAUGCAAAAUACUGUGGUACUUUUCUCCAACACUGAUAAGUUUGUCCUGCAGCAGGACAUGUGUGUAGUUUGUGGUAGUUUUGGACAAGGUGUUGAGGGCCAGCUGCUCGCGUGUGCGCAGUGUGCUCAAUGUUAUCAUCCAUACUGUGUGAACAGCAAGAUCACCAAGAUGAUGUUAAGGAAAGGCUGGCGUUGUCUCGAGUGUAUCGUGUGUGAGGUGUGUGGGAAGGCCUCCGAUCCUUCCCGCUUGCUGCUUUGUGAUGACUGUGACGUCAGUUAUCACACUUAAUGUUUGGACCCACCAUUACAGACUGUGCCCAAGGGUGGCUGGAAGUGCAAAUGGUGUGUGUGCUGUAUGCAGUGUGGUGCUAGUUCUCCAGGUUUCCACUGUGAGUGGCAAAAUAACUACAAUCACUGCGGCCCUUGCGCCAGCCUGGUAACAUGUCCUGUGUGUCGGGAGAACUUCAUGGAGGAGGAUCUACUUCUGCAGUGUCAGCACUGUGACAGAUGGGUUCAUGCUGUAUGUGAGAGUCUCUACACUGAGGAUGAGGUCGAACAAGCGUCUGAUGAAGGUUUUGCCUGUACGGCCUGCACACCAUACGUACCCAGGCCAGUCGUGGAGUCUCCCAUGAUGUCAGCCUUUAAAAUGAAAGAAUCAGAGCCACAGUUUUAUCGUCUGGAGGGUGUCUGGCUCACAGAGACAGGCAUGUCUUUAUUGCGAAGCAUCUCCAUGUCACCCUUGCACAAACGCAGGCAGCGCCGGUCAAGACUUGGCACGCUGUGUAUUGAUGAGCUGAAAGAAGGCGAGGCUGAUGGUGAUGAGGGAAAAGGGGGUACAGAAGCAAUGGACUGUGAGAACAAACUGGAGGCCCCUGGGAGCCCAGACAGAGAUGGAGGAAUGGACAGAGAGAUGGGAGCAGAUGGAGGUGUAGAGGGCAUGUGCGAUGGCGACGCUCUCAAAGGUGGAACAGAGGAAGCUGAUGAUGGGAAGAAAAGGAAGCGUAAACCAUACAGGCCAGGGAUUGGCGGAUUCAUGGUCCGACAGAGAAAAUGUCACACACGAAUGAGGAGGAGUCUUUCUGCCUCCUGUGAUGCUGUUCCUGAUGGUCAAACAGCUGAAGGAAAACUUGAGGAAGGCCCACAUCCUGAUAUACCUCUAGACGUCCCAGAUGCAAAGACAACAGAGGGAGAAGCCGAGCAAGCCAAGAAACGCAGGGGCAGAAAGAAGAGCAAACUGGAGGACAUGUUUCCUGCAUACCUCCAAGAGGCUUUCUUUGGCAAGACUUUACUCGAUCAGAGUAAGAGGGCUUUUCUUGCUCCUCCAGUCCAAAGACACACACAGGGCAUUCUGAGGCCUCCGCUCCCGCUACAUGGAGCCAGAAAUCCAGCCUCUGAACCAGUUGAGGCCAUGGUCAGGCCAACUUGUCCUACCAUAGAACUAAAGCAAGAGGGUGGUAUAUCUAAGCCUCCAGAAGAUCAAGCAGGAGUCGGACCAGGCGCAAUCGGGCAACUUUCCAACAGAGAUCAGAGUUCAGGAGGUGGAUCUGACAAACAGAAGAAUGAAGAUCUUGCUCAGGGACAAGAAAGUCAGGACUCUGAGCAGUUCUUCAAGAAGGUUCUCGGACCCACUGAGGGGAACUCCAUAAGUGGUGCACUUCAGCCAAGCAUUAAACAUGAGGGUGAGCCAAACCAAAUUGGUUUGCCCCAAAGAAACCUUUCAGGUUCUUCCCUGUCUGGCGCACUGCCUUCGACUGGUAUGAUGGACAGUUUUUCAAGUCUUUCCCAGUCACCAUUUUUUGACAUGCGGGAUCGAAGUGGUCUCUUUAGCCCUGACCAGGAUGAUGAAAGUCCAUGGGCAACACCAUCCACUCCAGCCACCCCUUCCACUCCCCCAACUCCUACUGAACAGGAAAGUGAUGGGCUCUCAUACAAUCAGCGCAGUCUGCAGCGCUGGGAAAAGGAUGAGGAAUUAGGAAAUCUGUCUACUAUCUCUCCUGUUCUCUACGCUAACAUGAACUUCCCUAGUCUCAAGCAGGACUACCCUGACUGGGCCAGUCGGUGCAAACAAAUAAUGAAGAUCUGGAGGAAGGUGUCAGCUGCAGACAAGGUUCCUUAUCUGCAAAAGGCCAAAGAUAAUAGGGCUGCUCAGAGAAUAAACAAGGCACAAAAGCAAGCUGAGAGUCAAGUAUGUCGGCCUAUCAAAACUGAGCCAGGUCGUAUGAAAGGAGAGCGUCCUAAUCUGCACCUUCAAAUUCCCCCACCCUCAGGCUCUAUAUCCACUUCCUCCCAGCCAAGCUCUGCUGAGAGUCCAUAUCCCGGUGCCCUUGACUCUGCAUCUUCAGCCUUCUUUUCUGAUGGACCCCUCAAAACUCCUUGCUCAGCCGAUGACCCGUUUUCUAAACUUCCCUCUCAGUCUCCGCACCUUCAGUCACAGCCAUCCACUCCAUACUCGCAUCCUUCUUCCAGCCCCUUGCAGGCCUCCUCCUCGGGUUAUCCUUUGCCCGGCCCACAGGGUGCUACUCAGGGACGACCAGCCAGUUUUGGCUCCCUUGACAUGCAGCCAGGGACACCUCGUAGGGCACAGCAAGUUGACCCAUUCUUUAGACCACAACACCAGAUCCCCAAACCACAGCAGUCCUCUCAGGAGAUCUUACAUCCACCUGAGAGUCCUCGGCUUAGGGCAGUUGCUUCUGUAGACUCUCCAUUGUUCUCACCACCCCAUGCAGCUCAUUGCGGUGAUCCUUACCGUGGCCAGCAUGGAGUUGCCCGACAAGAGCAUGCUUCAUCUCAAUCACCCUCUGCUAUAGCUUCUUCACCAGCUGGGGUGGUCCCAAACAGGGAAGUUAGUGCCCCAUCUCCACGUUCUUUUUACAGACAAGACCUAAGCGCUGGUUCUCCUGCUAGUUUGGACUCUGGAGAUGGGUUAUUUAAAGCCCCCAUGACGCCUCGCAUGCAUCAGGGGGAUGCAGGCAGCUUGUCUGUUUCCCACCCCCCAGGUGCUUCUCCAAAUCAUCCUCCUGAAAGCUACCGCCAAUCUCCAUCCUCAUUCUCUGAUCCUUACGCCCAGCCUCCCCUCACACCACGACCUCAAUCAGGUGACGUCUCGUCUGCUCUGCCCCAGAGGCUUACUGCGGCUCAACAAGAAACGCAUACAAGGUUGCCUUCAAGUCCUCAGUCACAAGGCAGUUCGCAGUCACCCCUCACACCAGGAGCCAUUUCCAAUGAUGUGCUUUCCCUGCAGUCCCCAGUCACACCGCGUUUCCAGUCUCCAGACCCUUACUCUCGCCCGCCUUCACGACCUCAGUCCAGAGAUCCCUAUGCCUCAAUGCAUAAACCCUGUCGCCCAACGUCCGUUACACCAGAAGGUAACCCUCAUUUCAGAGGCUCGCCCCAUCCUAGCCAACAACCUCCCUGCUCGCCUUCAAUAGCAGAUCCGCUCUCUGGAAAACCACCUGCUUUCAGCUGCAGUUCUGGUGUAGGGCUUCAAAUGGGCCAGCAAGUAGCCGGCCAGCAGCAAAUGAAUACUCCUCAGCAAGCUCAGGUUCACCUCCAGCAGCCACAACCCCAGACUCAACCAGCAGGUGCUGAUUUAAACUCAAGAAUAGCACUUUCAUCUGGAAACCAAGAUGCAUGCUCUGUGCGGUCAUCAGAUGCUACACAUUUACCCACGAUGCCAGGGACACAGGAUUUGUCGGAGUUGUCAGCUGGUCAGGAUCCAGCUCUCAUGAGUCUUAGUCCAUCCGAGUUAGAAAAGCACAGACAGAGGCAGCGUUUAAGAGAAUUUCUGAUACGGCAAAAAGUGCAGAGGAAUUUACUUCGCCAAGAGAAAGAAGCACCUGUUGCGGGUAGUCCUGCCCCAAACUGGCAAGCAGGAGAAAUGGCAGGCUUUCAGCAAGACAAAACCCAGCGUGCACCACCUCCUUACCCUCAGGACAGAUCUGCGAUUGCUCAGGCACCCAUUGCCAACAGGAUGCCCCUACCAGUGGGAGCUAUAGAUGAAAAGCUGUGCCGCCCACUUCCUCCUGGGACACCAGCAUCUGUAGAUCCCAAUGCAUUAAGGCAAGCUGCACCCAAUAUUUCUCAGGGGAUGUAUCCUCGUACACCAUUUCCUGCACAGUGGCAAAGCCAGGGUGCUCCACGCAGAUUUCCGCAACCAUCUAUGAUAGAAGGUGUUCCCAGGCAGCACCUUAAUACUCCCAUCAACAAUCCUCUCAACAUACAGUCCAUGCAGAAUUUGCCCAAUCCUUUGGCAGGGGUGCCAGGCUCUGGAGCAGAAGCGGUACAAAGCUGUGUGUCCGGAGCCCCGCCUCAGUUCAUAGAGUUGAGGCAUAAUUCACAGCGGAUGCCACUGGGUGCUCAGUUUAUGCAGAGGGCAACCGUACCGAGAUCACGCAUGUUUCUUCCACAACAGGACAUGAAUGCUGCUUUUGUUCAGCAGACCUUACCACCAUCUCUUGAUAGUUCGGCAGCGCUUCAGCGUGAUCCCCGACUUGUCUUACAGCAGGGCAGCAUGGGCCUAUUGAUGCAACAACAAAGCAAUGUUCCCCAACCUCAAACCCAACUGCAGCCCCAACAGGUGCCUACUGCUACACCCAAAACGCCCAUUUCUCACAAUACAUCUCAACAGCUUCCUCAAACAAGUACAAUAGGAGGUCAACAGACCAUUGUCAAUCCGGUUCACAUACCCGAAUCUGACUUGGUAGAUGCGUUUGCUCCCAAAGUACUUGGUGAUACAGUGGCAGAAACCGGAGUAGAAGAUGAUGAUCUCGCUACUCUCGACCUGGAUCCAGAUAAAGGGGAUGAUGAUUUGGGCAACCUUGACAAUCUUGAGACCAAUGAUCCUCAUUUGGACGAUCUGCUCAACAGUGAUGAAUUUGAUUUGCUCGCUUACACGGACCCUGAACUUGAUCAGGGUGAUCCCAAAGAUGUUUUCUCUGACCAGUUGCGGCUUGUUGAAGCAGAGGGCGAAGGGUCGGGGUCUUCUGCUAAUGUAGAAGUCAAGAUUGAAGAGAAACCAAAAGCUGGUUUAACUUGCCAGGACACUCACACUGCCACUCAACCACCUUUAAAGACUGAGAGUUCUUCUUCUAGCAGUACUUUAAGCUCUCCUAAGGUAGAGUCUGAUGCCAUUAGACUGUCCUCUGUAAAACUAGAAGACAAGGGUUUGGUUGAACAACCCCGGUCAGGACUAACCUCUGUUAAAGAUGACAUGGGGGAUGCUGUCUCUGCAUUGCUCAUCGAAACAAAGGAUUCUAAUCAAGAGACUACAACUGCUUCACUGAGCACUGUCCGUUUAGGUGGCAUACCUUUUCCUCUUCCUGGCCAAGCAGAUACGAUGUCUUUCCCAUCAGCUGCACCACAUCCAGACCUGGGUGCUAACCCACUUGGAUUGCCAGAUGCUGGCCACCACUCCACAGUGGAUGAUUUAGACAAAGUAGAAAGCUCACUGGAGGCAAGUGAACUACCUUUGUUAAUACAAGAUCUUUUGGAACAUGAAAAGAAGGAACUUCAGAAACAGCAACAACACUUAAGUGCACUACAGGGAGGGAUUGGUAGUCAGCUUCACAACAUUCAGAAUCUGCAACAGCCGCCUCAGGGGCCGAAUCAAAUGAUGAUGCCACAGCACCACCAUCCAUCCCAGGGCCUUGUGCCUCAAGCGGGUAUGGUGCCCAGGCCACCUCAUAUGUUACCACAACAGCAGCAGAGGUUAAUUGGUGCCACUGUACCUUCGGCACCUCAUGCUGCAAUGGGACAGCAGCAAGGCGUGAUAAGAAGUGGACAGCCUGGCAGAAUUCAUCCUGGUCUUGCAUCUCCGCAGCAGACACCACCAUCUCCACAUGUUAAACAGCAGAAUUUGGGCAGCAACUUUUUCCCAGAUAAAGAUAUGGAUAAAUUCAUGACGGAUGACAUAAUGGAUCCUAUUGCUAAAGCAAAAAUGGUGGCUCUAAAAGGGAUUAAAAGGGUGCUGGCUCAAGAUCCUAUGGGUGUUCCUCCUGGGAUGAAUAGGCAACAAGUAUCUCUUUUGGCCCAGAGACUAACCUCAGCCCCAGGAAGUGAGGAUCCUCAGGCUCAGCUUGCUCCUGGGUCUUCUAAGGAGGGAGAAGGUAGCAACCAGGUUCAACCAAGACCAAAUCCUCCACAAUUUGGCGUCAUCAAUGACGCUGAACAGCACCAAUAUGAAGAAUGGCUUGUGCACACGCAGCAGUUGCUACAAAUGCAGCUGAAAUUCCUAGAGGAGCAGAUUGGGGCACAUCGUAAAUCCCGCAAAGCUCUAUGUGCCAAGCAGCGUACUGCAAAGAAAGCUGGUCGUGAAUUUGCUGAAGCAGAUGCUGAAAAGCUCAAGCUGGUCACAGAGGAACAGAGCAAGAUCCAGAAACAAUUGGACCAGGUUCGUAAGCAGCAGAAGGAACACACCAAUCUCAUUGCGGAGUAUCGAAGUAAACAGCAGCAGCAUCAGCAGGGGUCUUCCAUGCUAGCUCCUGGGCCAUCAACACAGACACCCCAUAUGAUUUCCAAGAUGCCUGGACAAGUUAUUAUGGGCCAACAGGGAGGACCAAUUAUCGGUCAGACACCUGGAGGGAUGCCGCAGGGAGGGAUGCCGCAGGGAGGGAUGCCUCAGGGAGCGAUGCCUCAGGGAGCGAUGCCUCAGGGAGCGAUGCCUCAGGGAGCAAUGCCUCAAGGAGCAAUGCCUCAAGGAGCAAUGCCUCAAGGAGCAAUGCCUCAGGGAGGAAUGCCUCAAGGAGCAAUGCCUCAAGGAGCAAUGCCUCAGGGAGGUGUACCUCAAGGAGGGAUGCCAAUUAGGAUGCCACAGAUGCAACCCUUUAGUGGAGCCCAGCCUCCUAUUCCACUCGGCAAUGUGCAACCGGUCCCACCUCCUGGUUUUUUCCCACAAGGAGCAGACCCAAGAGUUCUACAGGAGCGACAGUUACAGCAUAGGAUGCAAAUGGUCCAAAAAUUGCAACAACAACAACAGCAGCAGCAGUUAAUGAUAGGACAGCAGCACCAAACUCAGCAACCUGGUAUAAUGAGCCAACAGCCUGGAGCCAUGGGUAACCAACCAGCUCAAGUUUUGAUGGGCAAUACACUGAUGGGCCAGCAACAGCAACCAAAUUUACAGGGAUUAAUGAAUAACCAACAAGGUCAACAAGGUUUAAUGCAGGCUCCUCCAGGUAUGAUGGGCAACCAGGCUGUUGGACAGGCCCAACAUAAUGUCAUGAACCAAUCAAUGGCUCCGACUUCAAAUAUGAUGGUAGGCCAACCGCAGGGCAUGGUGGGUAAUCAGCAGAUUGUUCAGCAGCUUCAGAGGCCUCAGGGUUUGAUAGAUCAGCACGGGCCAGGCGGACAGCUUGUUGUUAGAGGGCCACCGACCCCGGUCACGCCUCAACAGCAGAGUAUAAUGGCUCAGCGUAUGCUUUUGUCACAGCAACAACAGAAUGCCGCAAAAAACCUAGCACAACUUCAACAGCAGCAAAUGGCACAACAGAAACAACCAUCACAGGCUGGUCUGUCAGACCCACAGAGACCAUUAGAAACUCCACCGUCAGGAAACACCCAAGGAGUUGCUGAGAAUUUGCAACAAGGGGUUCAAGGUCUGACCCAAGAUCUUCUGAAUCCUGUACAUAAAGAUGGAGGAAUACUUGGUCCAAAAACACCUCCCCAACAAGGUGGACCACCUACACCACUUCAGAUGCCACAACAAGGGCCCAGUGGAGAACAGCAGUGUGUUGCUGGACAGCCACAGCAACCACAUGCCUUUCUGGCCCAGCAACAACAGCAACCAAAUCAGAAUGUUGGAGUCACGGAACAACAUGGUUAUGUGAGCAGCCAACAGACUGGUUCACACAUUCAAGUACAACAACAACAGAUGCUACUUCAGACAGAGAACACCAUACAGGUAAAACAGGAAGAGCAACAAAUGUGCUUUACGGCCCAGCAGCAAUGUGGUCAAAUUGUUGCGCAACAACCACAGGAUGUGCUUGGCCAGAAUAGCGGUCAGCCUCAAAUUACAAUGACUGGCAUUGCAAAUCAACAACAGCAAGCCAUGUUGACCCAACAGAUGGGAAUGCCUAGGGGUCCACAGGUGAUGAUGAUUCAGAGGCCUGGUGCCCCUGUGGGGCAAAUACGUACCUCUAUUAACAUUCAAGCUUUCAUCGCACAGAACCCUCAACUGCGUCACUUGACUCCCAACCAACAGUUUCGGCACAUUCAAGCAAUAAUUGCUCAGCGACAUCUUCAGCAAGGCCAGAUGCUAAGAAUGCAAGGUCAAGCCCAGGGUCAAAUGUGCCCACAGGGGGCACCGGUUGGUCCACGAAUUCCAGGUCUUGAAGCGCAACAGCAACACCACUUUGCAUUGUCUGGCGCUCCACAGCGACAACACUGUCCUCCUGGCACUCCACAGCAAACUGGAGCAAUGGCCCACCCAUCUGGAAUGGCUCCACAGUAUCAUCAAGGUGUUGUGGGGACUUUGCAACAGAAUCCUCAAGGGUCCUCACCACAGUACAUCAGUAAUGCUCAACAACAGCAAAUGCUACAACAGCAACAUCAGCACCAGAUGAUGAGGGGUCAAGUGCCUAGGCCAGUAAUGGGGCAGGUUCGUACCACAGCACCCGGACAAAUGGCAAGGCCCAUGUCCCCUCGACAGUUAAUGGGUCAGGGUUCUCCUGGAAGUCCGCUCCCCAAUCAGCAGAGGAUCAUGAGAGUGUCUCAAACUCCACCGGGCGCCCAGCAUCUUCAGCAGCAACCUCCUCAUGUGGCCACAGCAAUGAGCCCCUUUCAAGCAUCUCCCUCUCACACAGGUUCUCCUGCUGGAUCAUCUGUUCCAGAAGCUGUUUCCAACCUGGCCUCUCUAAAUAAACCUGAGCCAGGCUCCGUGUCUCUAUCCAGUCACUUGUCAUCGCCUUCUAGACAAGAUAGCGUUGCGGGGAAAAACAGCCCGUUUCGCCACACAGGUGGAACAACAUCUUCACCUCUGAGAUCUCCGAUGGGCAAGGCUCACUGCCUCAAUAAUGAAGGACUUACAAGUCCUUUUCCACUCAAUGGUCCAUCUCCUCAGUUGACCCACAGCCUACCACAGUCAUCAAGUGGCACCCAGGCAUCUGAGGGUCAUGUGUCUCAUCCAACACCAGUUCCCGGAGAGGUUUGCAAGAUGACGCUGCAGAACAUCAAACAGGAGCCACGUGAAUUCCAGUGUGACACGGGAAGUAACAUUGAAGCCCAUUCUGAUGCUAUUAAGAGAGAAAUCGCUGGGGAGGCGGUCAGCAUGAGCAGUGCCACAUCUGUUGGGAACUCCGUUCCGAGGAAUCAAGCGGGAAAUCUUGGAUCCCAAAUCCAAAGAACAGAGACAGGCCAACAGUUAUUGCAGAAACUUCUCCGAACCAAAAACUUGCAACUGGCAUCUCAGAGGCCCGCAGAUGGUAUCCAUAAUGAGAUUAAUGGGCACAUCAAUAGCAAGCUGGCAAUGUUGGAGCAGAAACUUCAAGGAACUCCACGCAAUAUGGAGGAUCUACAGUCGCUGACAAAGAGAGCUCCAAUAGUUAAGGCCAAGCGUACUACAAAAGCUGGAGAGCGUGGUCCAAACUCUCGUAAGAAAGCUAAAAAAGACGAGCCUGGAAAAACAGAGGCAAUAAUGAAGCAGCUGAAGCAGGGACUUUCUCUUCUUCCUUUGAUGGAGCCCUCCAUUACUGCUAGUUUGGAUUUGUUCGCUCCUUUCGGUAGCAGUCCAGCCAAUGCCAAGACUCAGUUGAAGGGCUCCUUUGGAAAUGCAAUGCUGGACAAUAUUCCAGACUACUAUUCCCAGCUCCUUACAAAGAACAACCUCAGCAAUCCUCCAACACCUCCUUCAUCACUUCCCCCUACUCCGCCACCUUCCGUGCAGCACAAGCAUCUGAACGGGGUGACCCCUGUAGAGGAACUAGCAGAAGGUCAGAAAGAGACCGAGGCGUCAGAGACCAUGGGUUCAGUUUCAGAUGAGGUCAAGAGUGUAGAUAUACUCGCUGCUCUCCCCACUCCACCUCACAACCAGAACGAAGACAUUCGCAUGGAGAGUGAUGAUGAUAGUGAAGCUCCAGACAGCAUUGUGCCUGCGUCCUCACCUGAAAGCCAGCUAGGUGAUGAGACAACCCGCUUCCCCCAUUUAUUGGAUCCGAAGGAAGAAGAGGAUGAGAGGGCCAUCUCUCCUGUCAUUGCCAUUAUUCCCAGUUCUGCCAUCCCCAGUUUCCCUGAGACAAAACCAUUCGAGUCAGUGGAUGGAAAGAUUGUACCAUCAUCUAGCCAGUGGGACAAAACCAAAAGCAAUGAAGUGUCUGUUACAUUCAUGCUUUCGUCAGGUGCAGCAAAGAAUCUCAACACGGUGAUGUUGACCGUCGCCCAACUGUUGAAUAUACGUAUGCCAAGUUCAUAUGAGGUGGCUUUUCCCCAGAGUCCUGGUAGAGCAGGUGUUGGGCCUGGGAAAGUACAAGACUCCUCCAACCCAGAUAUGAAAACAGACCCUUCGGCAAGCCGUGAUGCAGAAUGGCUCAGGCAGUUUGAUGUGUCCCUCCCAGGGUGUACCCUAAGAAAACAAGUGGACAUUAUGGCUCUCAUCAAACAGGAAUGCCAAGAUCAAGAAGAUAGACCUGCACAGCACUGUUACUUGACAAAUGUUUCAGAUCUCGAUGUGCGACAUCUGCCUGUUAUUCCUGAGGAGGCGUCUCCUCCUCCAUCACCAUCUCCACCUACGCGCCCAUCGUGUGGUGUAACCGAGCCAGAAAACAUCCCUCAGCCUGAGUCCAAAUCUGAACCAGAGGUUAAUGUUCAGACCACAUCUUCCUUGUCCUCAAGCCCAGGUGGCCCUGCCAAGACUGAACCUGAUCAUGCUAUCGUGAAAACAGAAUCUCAUAGCACCCCUGUUACGAUGGCAUCUGAAACUCAAGAACCGGUUGUCCUCCCCCCAGCUGCUCCAUCUGAAGAACAACCCUGUGUUCCAGCCGGCUCUCCGUCUCUGGACUCCCCCACAAUAGAGAUCAAACCCAUCAAGCACCGCAGCAGGCCCCUUUCUGAUGAAGAAGAGGAACGCCCCAAAGUCAAAAAAUGGAAAGGCUUGAGGUGGAAGCGUCUUCAAAUAGUCAUCACCAUUCGCAAAGGUGGGUCCAAGAAAGAGAGCAGCCGUGAGGUUUCAGAGCUCAUGGAGCGCCUUCGCAUUACGCUGAAACCAGACAAGCUCCCCCGAGACAAGCGCAAGUGCUGUUUCUGCCACGAAGAAGGAGACGGCCCCACAGAUGGUCCUGCACGUCUCCUCAACAUCGACGUCGAUCUGUGGGUGCAUCUCAACUGUGCCCUGUGGUCAACGGAGGUGUACGAGACUCAAGGCGGUGCGCUCAUUAACGUGGAGGUUGCUCUUCGACGAGGUCUGCGCACUCGCUGUGCGUAUUGUCAGAAGACGGGCGCUACCAACAGCUGCAACCGUUUGCGCUGCCCGAACGUCUAUCAUUUCGCCUGUGCCAUCCGGGCACGUUGCAUGUUCUUCAAAGACAAGACUAUGCUUUGCACCCAGCACAAGCUAAAAGGCCCCAGCGAAGAGGAGCUCAUCAGUUUUGCCGUGUUCCGACGGGUCUACAUUGAGCGGGAUGAGGUGAAGCAGAUCGCGAGCAUCCUGCAACGCGGUGACCGCAUUCACAUGUUCCGUGUGGGCGGGCUCAUCUUUCACGCUGUGGGUCAGCUUUUGCCAUCUCAGAUGUGUGUCUUUCAUUCACCCACCGCUAUCUUUCCUGUGGGCUACGAGGCCACGAGAAUUUACUGGAGCACUCGCGUGCCAAACCGAAGAUGUCGCUACCGUUGUCGCAUUAACGAGCAGGAUGGCAGACCCCUGUUUGAAGUGCGAGUGCUUGAGCAUGGAUAUGAAGACCUGCACUUCCGAGACGAGACUCCGGAUGGUAUCUGGUCCAAGAUUGUGCUACAGGUCGCCAAACUGCGAGAUGAAGCAGCCAUGUUGAAGCUCUUCACUGAGCAUGUCAAGGGUGAAGAGAUGUAUGGCCUCACUGUUCAUGCAGUGAUGCGAAUCACUGAAUCGCUUCCUGGUGUGGAAAAUUGUCAGAAUUACACAUUCAGAUACGGACGCCAUCCUCUCAUGGAACUUCCUCUCAUGAUCAACCCUACGGGCUGUGCACGAUCAGAACCCAAAAUACUCACACACUGCAAAAGGCCUCAUACUCUUAAUAGCACAAGUGUGUCUAAAGCCUAUCAGAGCACAUUUACUGGGGAGAUCAACACGCCCUACAGCAAGCAGUUUGUUCAUUCCAAGUCUUCUCAAUACCGUCGACUGAAGACCGAGUGGAAGAACAACGUGUACCUGGCCCGCUCUCGCAUUCAAGGACUGGGUCUGUAUGCAGCUAAAGACCUUGAGAAACACACCAUGGUCAUAGAGUACAUUGGCACCAUCAUUCGCAACGAAGUGGCAAAUCGCAGGGAAAAGAUUUAUGAGGAGCAGAACCGUGGGAUCUACAUGUUCCGUAUCAAUAAUGAGCAUGUGAUCGAUGCCACCUUAACAGGUGGUCCUGCCCGAUAUGUCAAUCAUUCUUGUGCACCCAACUGUGUUGCGGAAGUUGUGACGUUUGACAAAGAGGACAAAAUCAUCAUCAUUUCUAGCCGCAGGAUCCCAAAGGGUGAAGAGCUGACGUAUGACUAUCAGUUUGACUUCGAAGACGAUCAGCACAAGAUCCCCUGCCAUUGUGGAGCCUGGAAUUGCAGAAAGUGGAUGAACUAACGGGGACGAAGACGGAGCCAGCCCUGCGUUUGUUCCCUGGUGCCAGAACACUCCGGCGCCAAAGCCUGUUAAACUCUUACUAUCCAGAUAAUAAGCUGUUCUGAAAUGAGGAAGAGAAGUUCACUCUGUCACCCGAAAGACGAGACUUUCACAACAAGAGCCAAAGCUUUGAUGAGUUAACUUCUGAUGCCACAACCUUUACACGCGAAAGGUAUCGGACCUGCUUGAAUCUUUCUUGUUGAGAAACUUCACCUCUGCCAAAAGCACCUCCUCCACUGUUUCUUCCUCCAAUAAGCUGAGUCAGCUGCAAUCAAUCCCUUCUACACCCACCAAAAGAACUGCAAGUAUAGCAUAUCAAUACACUGACUAAAGCCAUGUAAGUACUGAAAAACCAACUAAUACACUUUAGCUUGGACCUAUGCGUUGCGCUCCCACAACCCCCCCCCCUUCAGAAAGAAGCUCUCGCAUCAAAUCAUCAUCGAUGAAGAUUGACAUCGUGGACUUUGGCAAGACAAUCCUGAAGUGGCUCUGCUUAGAACUGUGUAUCUAUGAUUGAUGAGAUAUGAAAUACUAUUGACCUGUGGCUCGCAAGGCACCAGAUGUUUUAUUAUAUUGAGUUGAAAGGUGGGUUUAUUUCACCCAGUCUACCUCAUUGAGUUGGCGGGAAGUCACUGCUUUGUAUUAAACUGUUAAGUGCUACUGUGGAAAGGGGAAGGCGGGAAUGUGUCCGUGGCAAUUGCCUUCUCGGCGAAGCAGGGAAACUUAAGCAGCAGGUUUGCUCCUAUCUAUGUUUUGAUUACAAUAAUGAGCCAAUGCAAAUACUAUUUGAUUAUACAAAUGAGAUACAGUAUAUGACAGUUCCGAUACGAUCGUGCAUUACUUUUCAAUAAUGGAAACUCAAACGGGUGUCUCUGAUGUCACCUAAUCUGACUGUAGAUAUCAUGUAGCUGUUUCUGUCUCAGCACAUCACGCUUUUUCGUGUACUCGCAUCCGAAUCCUCUUGCAUACUCGAUGAUGGAGCAAACUGUGUGAGUGACACUUUGAGACGAGGCAAAUUUUUUUGUGAAAGUUAUUCCUGACGCUUCAGGCUCUCUUGGCAAAUAAAAGGCGAUGCAAGACUGCCACUGCAUUUCCCCAUCUUGAAUUCCUACAUCACGCGUUCAUUAGAUCUCCAUUCGGCUCUCAUCACUCCAACCAGGAAUCUUAGGUGUAAGCCUCUUCCCUUCUGUGAUAGUGGACUGUUGUAAACUUACUGUAGUAAGUCUUUCUCUGCCUGCUGACGGCCGGUGUAUCUUAUCUAUGUAUCGUGGUUUGAUAGUGGUAGCACAGUCUACGGGCUCGGAAGCUGUGGCGGAGAAAGGCUUAAAAAAGGGCAUUUCUAUUUUCUUUUAUAUAAAGUAAUUUAAAACUGUUAAAAACAGUUGAAUUUCAAAGAAGGGAGUUGAACAAAGUCUCCACAUAGCCCAUGCUACUUUGUUCCUUUCUCCCCUGACUUAUGACCUCACAGUAGAAAUAAAUGCAAAAUGUAUAAACUGUACAUAAUAGGGGACGAAGCUCUUUAUCCAGCCCCUUUUUAAUCAAACUCGUAAUUGUAGAGAAAUAAAAAAUCAUGAAAAAGCAACCACUGGAUAUCAUUUUAUCAGAAGAACUAAAUGUGUAUAUAUCUAUAAAUAUAUGUAAAAUGGCAAACUAAGUAAUAUCUUUAUGUAUAUGAACCAGAGUGUUUUUGCAUUUAGGUUUUUUCUAUCUGCGUUUUUCCUACAAGACCAUAUACAGUUGAACUAAAGGUGUGCGAUGUUUCUCGUCUUCACCAAUGAAAUUGGAAUGGUUGUGGUGAAUGAAACAAACAUUUAGGAUGGGAUUCAUGUCGGAAGGUUCUGAUAAUAUUUCUUCUUCAUGGAAAUAGAUACUUUUGGAAAGAAAAGCAGUAAAAUGGUGCAUAGCAUUUGUGUAUUUAUGUAAUAUUGUUCACGUAUAUUUCUUUUAUUUAUGCAACUGCUUGUGAAUUACUGAACCCUGUCCUUGAAUCAGUAACCGUUUAAUUAGUAUAUAAAGUAAAUGGAAAAUCUUGAAGCUCCCAAGAUAAACUGUUUUUGAUUUGUGUCCUGUUGUUUUUUCCCCCUGCCCUCCCCGUAGAAGUGAAUGUUUUAUACAACUUGUGAAAUGGCCUAAUCGUGGGAGAAUGGUAUGGCUUCAUUAAUCGAAUAUAUCUCCAUAAUUACAUGUGAAUUGCACUCGAAAUAGUUUUUAUUUAUCUUUAGAGGUUUUUGAACUGCCGUUUGAUGCAGUUAACUCGCUUUUUAAGCCUAGUCUGUUCAACACAAAGAUGCUCACUGGAUCUUAGCCAGAGUAACUCGCGCCCCCCUUUUGUUUUUCUGAAUUCUCUUAAUUUAAGGUCUUUACAUGUGUUGUAAUUAAUAGAUAUUGAUUUUCAACCUGACCUACUUUUUAAAAAAUAUGCUGCAGCUGUACAGCAGAGCUACUUUUAGGGAAGAUGAAUAAAUGAUCGUUUUUAUUGUAUGUGGCAUGUUUUGUAUGGAUAUAAUUUUGAAUUGUACAUAUUUUUCGACGUCAGAGGUUGCAUCUCUUUAUAUACGGCUGUGCCCUACACUCCCAGCCCUUCAUUUAUUUCCUUGUCUUUGCUUUAUUUCUUGUAAAGAAAAAUAAAAUGCAUUUUAAAUAUAAA